GUCUAUAGUUUGAGUUACAUUUGAUGCUGUAUUCUGUUAAGCCCUUACUAGAGAAAUAUGGUGCCUGUCUUAAAUGGAAGCCUGUCUUAAGAAAAUGUAAAAUAAAUCAAAUAAAACUAAUCUGUUUUCUGUAGCUGCAGAGCAAAAGGGAUCCAUCAGGGUAAUACGUACCUCCUCCCAUAUUAUCUUACACAUCACAUGCAUUAAUUAUAAUUUCACGAGUCUGAAAGAACACACCCGGAUUAGCCACCCGUAGUCAGAGAGUGUUGUGGACCAGCUGACGGUGCCAUUGUUUUUUGUUUGUGUCUGAAUGCUUUUGGGAUAUUUAAAAUGUUUGCUGCGGCCACUAAAAACUUUGUGAAGCAGGUCGGGGACACAGGGAGGCUGAUCCCCGUUCCGAGCCUAAGCGAGGCCGACCGCUACCAGCCCCUCAGCCUGGUCACCAGGAAGAGGAAGAGGUAUUUCUGGAAGAAGAACAAGUACGCCUCGACGCCGUUCUCGCUGAAAGACAUCCUUGUUGGGGAAAAAGAGAUCACAGCAGGAGUAUCGUCUUAUCAACUCUUAAACUACGAGGACAAAUCUGACGUAGCUCUCAGCGGUCGCCUAGGUAACCACAUAAUUAACGACGUGGGGUUCAACGUCAGCGGGUCAGACUCGGUGGCCGUCAAAGCCUCUUUCGGCAUUGUGACUAAACACGAACUGGAGGUCCCCACUUUACUCCGUGAACUCAACUCUAGGAAGGUUGACCUGGAUCACUGCCUGGUUCGUCAGUCGAGGGAGAGUGGACGGACUGUUCUAUGUGUGGUUGUAGAGAGCAUCCGGACAACACGUCAGUGCUCUCUAACCGUCCACGCUGGCAUGAGAGGGACUACCAUGAGGUUUCAGAUUGACGACGGAAGAAACCCCAAAGGUCGAGAUAAAGCCAUCGUCAUUCCGGCUCACACCACCAUCGCCUUCAGUAUCUGUGAGCUGUUCGUCCGUCUGGACGGUCGGCUUGAUAUUUGUGUUGCUCCAGAGUCUCAGGGGGGCUUUGAGAAGGAACAAAUCAGGGAGCAAUUGGGCGGCUUCAUUGGGCAUUUCUCAAUGGGACGCCUACGCCGCUUCCUGUCUGGAAUUAUCUAUGGAAACCCCUUCCGAGCAGACGACAGGACAUUCGAAGAGCUCACCCAGUCCGACACCUACGUGGAUGACAUGGUGACUGACUACUACGAGAAAGCUGCCAGCAUGACGGAUGUAUCUAUGGCCUACCUGAGGGAAAGCUCUCACACACGGGUCAAUCUUUUGAAACACAACAUCCCAAAGGGACCAUGCGCACUGUGCGGUAUGGGAAGUCAACGGCGGGAAACGGUCUACGGGUGUCUGGAAUGCUCCACUGGGGGCCAGAAGUAUGUCCGACUGCAUGUGGUGCCCUGUUUCGAUCUCUGGCACAAAACCCUAAGGUGAAAAGGGAAAACUAUUGAACUGUGACCAACAUCUUUGACACAUGUUGCCAUUGCCUCAGAAGAAACCAACUAUCCCCUUGUGACUUGGCCGAUGUAUCAUUUUCAGUUUAUCUUUGGCAAUAUCCCAUUUCCACACGUGUGGCGCCCGUGUAUUGUGGCUGCCACCAGAUUAAAUAUUCAGCAAGUGGUGGUGUAAAGGCUAGCAAGGAAACAAUGAGAGACCGAUUGGGUUCAGUUCCAACUGUGACGUUGGUUUUAGGUUUUUGUUCUCUGUCUCACCAAGUUUUAACUUUAUUUCCAUAAGCAUAUUCUUAUGAAAUAAUUGCAAUGAAUCUUUGAUAUGCUCAAGUAUACUUUAAACUUAAGGUUUGGAUGUUAACCAAACCCACAUCAAACUGUAAAUCUGUUUUCUCUCCAAAAACAUUGUUUUGCUGCUGUAAAUUUUAUGAAUGUAAACUUGUGAAAUUUACGCACUCACCUCUUGUGACGCUAUAAGAGAACAUGGUGGCACUUGUUGGGAGCCUUGUGCUUUUUGUUGCUAUAUGUAAUGGUGUUUGGUUUUUGUCCUGUUGGAAGGUAAAGGUUUGCCUUGGUUUCAAGUCUUUGCAGCUUCUAAAAUCUUCCCAUCAACUCCAACCAGCUUUACUGUCCAAGCUGAAGAAGAGCAUCCCGAUGCGCCCGCCGUUGUAUUUCUAAUGAUUCUCUUUCAUUAAAUAUUUGUUUUUGUAUUGAGAUGAAAUUACACACUGGUUGACUGUUUUGAUAAUUUAGCUGACUUCUGAAGGGGGUUACUCUUAUUUAGUCUGUAUCAGAGCAAACGGAUGUGAGUACAAAAA